GUUCCGUGACGGUCACCUGACAGGACAAGUGACAGAUGUUUAAUCAGCGAGUUCGCUUUGCCGUACAGAACUCAGCUGAGCUGGACGCAGUUUAAACAUGUGUGGGCUGAUUUGUGGACCAAAACUCGCCGCGUGUGGGAUUGUGUUGAGCACGUGGGGAGUUAUAAUGUUGGCCAUGCUGGGGAUUUUUUUCACCACACAUUCAGCUUUGCUGAUUGAAGAUGUGCCGCAUUCAAGUAAAGCAUUCAACCUUACUGACACUCCUGAGCUGGUCUACGAGCUUUACAACAGGGUGGGCUACAACUGCUUCAUAGCGUCUGCUAUCUACAUCCUGUUUGGAGCAUUCUCCUGCUACCAGAUGAGGCUCAACCAACGGAAGGAGUACCUGGUGCACUAGUGCCACCUGCUGGACUGAGGAGCUCCCAGCAGUGCACUGACAGCAGGAGGCUCUCCUGUCCACUGGUUGAUGUCUUCUGUGUCAGGGUUAAAAUUCUUAAUCAUAAACUAAAGGGAGGAGACUGGACACUGUGUGAGAGCAGAUCAAUACUCCGCACCUGCAUGUAUUUAAGAAGAGAUCAAUUCUACCUCGGCUCACAAGUGUUGAAAUGCAAGCAGAUUUUCUCCAGUAACUGUUGUUGUUAUGUCUUAACUUGCUCUUUAAUACCCACUGUAUUGCAGAAUGUAUUCCUGAUUAUUGCCAGUAUCCCACUGUGUUUGUAAUGCUAGUCAUCAGAUCAAAUUACUGAUUUCUUUCAGCUUAUUUCUGUCACUACAUAGCCUCAGAGAAAUCGUAUUAUGAAGGUUGUAAU